CAAAAAAACCUUGGCGCCUCGUGGAAAAGGGGAACAAAUUUGUAUUUGAGUUAUCAUUUUGUGAUGAUAUUUUUAAAAAUCAGUUGUGCAGCAUUCGUUAUUCUGGAAAUGCACACGAGAAGGGGAAAGAAUGACGGUGAUAGAGUUAUUUUGGAAUCCAUCUUCAGUUUAGUCCAUUUCCGCUGUUACAUAGGUGUUCUUCCUGGUUGUUGAUUCCUCUGUGAAAGUAGCAACGUUUCGGCCAUGAGCAAGUUCCAGUAGAAUGCACGCGACGAUUGGAAAUAACGCCCAAUAGCGUGAAAUCUAUAUAGAUGCGCGCGCGCUUUUUGCUGCCAAAGCGUCUCCUUUUGCGCUGAAGGAUUCGUGCAAUGCAGUGUUCAUUUUGAUUAAGUCCAAAAUGCCCGACUGCUGUGCCGCAGCAAACUGCAAGCAGAGUACGGACCAGUCCAACGUUUCCUUCUUUAGGUUCCCGCUGGAUCCCGUUCGAUGUAAACAAUGGGUGGGUAAGUGCCACAGACCAGAUCUGGAGAUCAAAUCACCUGAAGAUUUACACAGCAACUACAGAUUGUGCUCAAAACACUUUGAAACAUCAAUGAUAUGUCAGCAAAGCUCUCAGAAAUCUGUUUUGAAGGAUGAUGCCGUUCCUACUAUAUUUGAUUUUGCAACCAACCAGGACAAUGCACAAACUAGCAACAGAAAAAGGACACGGGAGAAAACAGGAGAGGAGCCUGUUGCCACAAAGAAAACUAAAGGUACCACCAAUAACUCAAACCCCUCUGUGCCAGAGGCAGAAGAUAAAGUUGAGAGUGAUUCAGCUGAGAACAGCGAAACACACAAUCCUCCUGCACAUGAUGAAUCAGAGGAGGAUCCUGCUAUUUACAAAGCGAAAGAAAUUUUGAAAGACUACUUCAAGGAGACUUUAGCCUUCACUGGUUUUAGCAUCACCAACAGUGCAUCUCUUAACGCUGUUAAACCACUGGGGAAUGACCCAGCUAGGCCACUCUCUGUCAACACCAUAUGCGCAGAGAAGAUUGACCAAAAAGAAGUGCUCACUUUAGGUGAGGAUGUGAUGCGUGAGGAGAUCCGCAAUAGCUUGCGCCUUGCACGCUUCUUUUCCAUACUUCUACAAGACCGAGUAAGCAUUGAGGGCAAGGACCAGAUUCCUGUGUUUAUCCGCUCAGUCACUGGUGAAGGCUUUCCACAGAAACACCUCAUGGGAUUCCUUCCUUGCGAUGUUGACUCUGACACUCUGUUCCUUAUGCUUAUAUCUGAGAUCCGGAACAAGUGGGGCCUGCGGAUGGAGCACUGCCGCGGCUUCACCUACCUGUCAUCAGGUGCCAUGUGUCAGAAACUGAAGGAUCUCUCCUGCAGGAUGCUGCGGGAUUUUCCACAGGUAGUUUUGUCCCCCAGUGAGCCUUAUGCCUUCAAUGUGUGGUUGAUUCGCUCCAUGCCCAUCCUUCCAAUUCAGGACGUUGUUGAUACUGUAGAGCAGGUUGCUGCCAUUAUUAGGCAAUCAGAAACUCUGGCGAAGAAACUUGAUGCCAAGAUCACUGCUUCAUACAGCCACAUCAAAGGUGAAGUGGACAGAGUGAAGGAGUCUUGUCAGAAUCAUUGGGAAUAUGCCACUGAUGCUUUCCAGACAAUGCUUGAUAUCUUGGAGCCGCUUUUGAGCAGCAUUGGAGAGAUGUGCACCAGUGCCCUUUCAGAUGUGGACACCGACACCGUCGUAGUGCUUCUAAUGCUGAAAGAGAAGCUGAAGAACUUUGAUUUCAUCAUUACACUUGUGGUCCUGAAGAACACACUGUGUUGUGUAAGCAUCCUGAACCCCAGCCUCCGGGGAAUAAUCAGCAUCAGCAGCACAUUGCAGUACACCAUCUCUAAUGCCUUGAAGCUUCUAACCAAACAUAUGCAGGAGAUCGCAAUUUUUCACAGAAAGUGGUUUUCUGAUGCAGUGGGCAGAGCCAAGAAGUUGGGGGUGCCAGUCAAUCUGCCAGUGGAGAUGGAGACAAAUGGGGAUGGUGCGGAGAAACCGCAAGCCUCUUUGGAGGAUUACUACAGGGAAGCACUGAGCAAGAAGGUUUUACAAUACCUUGUUGAUGAAGUCAAAAGAGUCCUAGGCACUGAAAUGGCAAGAAUCCUCAGAUGGUUGUCAUUGGUGCCCUCAUACAUGGCUGACCACAAUUUUAGCAUCCGCAAAGACAAAGUUGCUGAUGCUAACCUGAAUAACUUGGCUCGUCCUGAUUCCUUUUAUGAUGAGCUGGGCUGUUGGGAAGUGAAAUGGCGACAUGCUAGCAAGCGAAGGAUUCUUCCCACCAGUGUGUUUGCUACCCUCAAGAUCCCAGAUAUAGGCUUUUACCCAAAUGUUCAGAGCCUGUUGAGAGUGUUGGGCACCAUCCCUUGUGUCCGUGCAGAAUCUGAUGUGUAUGGGCACUAUGAUAUGGUGUUGGACCGCUAUCAGUCCUACAUGAAAAAAAUACAAGUGGAAAAGAGACUGAGCAAUAUGGCCUGUGUUUAUGUCAAUCAAGAUGUCCACUUCAGCACUGAGGAAAUGGUGGAGGCGUAUGUAAAGAAAUAUCCAGAAAUCCUGCAGCUAUUACAUGAAGAUGAUGUAAUGGAAGUGCAACCAUCAGUUCCUGAAUCCAGUGCAAAUGACGCCUCUAAAGAAGAUACGGAAGAACCAAGAGAGAUGACUUUAAAUAUGGACAUUAAGAGACAGAAACUGCUUGAGUGUGCAGAAACUGAUAAAGAGGCAUUAAAAUCUGCAUUACAGACCGCUGUCACGGCAGCAUACGGCAGGCAAAGCAGACACACUCAGGGUGAUCAAGAUCAAGAUCAAGAAGUAGAAUAUGUGACCAAAUCCGAGAUGAAUGAAGUCCUUAAAGUGUGUGAGGAUGUUGUACGGGAUAGGAUUCUUUCAGAGCUCGGAAAUUCAUUCUUCUCCCUGUUUAUCGACCGAGUUGUCCGGUUGGGAGAGACAGACUACUUACCCAUGUUCAUCAGAUUUGUUGAUAGUUUUGAUGUCAUGCGCCUUGAGCUUCUGGGUUUUAUCGAGGUUACUCAUGACACUGAGGCCAUGUGCGAACGACUUUUUGAUGUUGUCACCAAAGAGUGGCAUCUCGAUUUGAGCUACUGCAGAGGUCAAGCUUACCUUGGCUCUGGGGAAGUGUCCUACAAGCUCAAGGCCUUUGCAUGUAAAAUACAGGAGCAGUAUCCUCUUGCUAUAUGCACACACUGCUCAUGUUACUCUUUCAAUACCUGGUGGUCAAGAUCAGUUCCAGUAGCUGCAGUCAUUAGAGCCAUAGACACGUUAGAGGAGAUAGUGUCAUUCUUCCACAGCAUGCCUGCCCUCGAGAAACAGUUAGAUCAAGUCUUAGCCAUAGGCCUAAGAGAAAGCUAUGAGAAAAUCCAUGAGCUUCAAGGAAAGUUCUGCUCCUCUUGGCUUGAGAAACACGACUCUUAUGAAGUCUUCGCUCAGAUUCUGGAGCCUCUGGUAGAUUGGCUUGAAAAUAUUGAUAACUGCCAACCACAAAUAUGGAGUUUGGCAGUAUCCAACCGAGCCAAGAGACUACUUCAGUUAAUAAAGGACUUUGAUUUCAUUGUGGCAAUUGUUGCGCUAAAAAAUGCCUCAUCCUUCACCAGAGAACUGAGUGCAGCAUUACAGAAAGACCAUUUUAGUGCUGCCUCGCAGCUCAGCCAGAUCAGUGGUAUUGUGGCCACGCUUAACAGAGUGAAAACCAACAUCAAGGUUUUCCAUCAGAAUUGGUUUGAUGAAGCUUCUUGUUUUGCUCAGAGUCUGGGUGUGCAGGUCAAAGUGCCUGAUAGCGUGAUUGUUCCAAGGGACAGUCUCUUGAAGCCAGGUUCAUACUAUAAAGACGCAAUGAGUGUCCCUUUAGUUGACCACCUUAUAAACAUGGUGAAAGACUAUUUCUCUGAUGACCACAAAGAGGCUCUCAACUUAUUGUCUUUGGUCCCGUGCUCUGUGACAGUGAGCUAUGUUUUUGAAAUGCUCAAGUCAAAACCUCCAUUGUACAUUGGUGACCUUCCCGAUCCUGACAACUUCUUCACGGAGCUAAGCUGCUGGAAAGUGAAGUGGAAAACGAAAGUGGUUAGUGUAACCAUACCAGAGACCAUUUUUCAGACUCUGCGUCUACCCCUCAUGCAGUACUUCGUAAACAUCAACACAUUGCUGAAGAUAAUGUGUGUGUUGCCAAGCACAGCUUUAGAAUAUUGUGGUGAGGUGAAGCGGCACAAAAUGUAUCAAGACUACUUGAGCAACACCUCACCUAUGGACAGAUCGCCCUGUUUAGCCGUGCUUCAGGUGGGCACUGACUUUAACAGAGACCUAGACCGAAUGGUUGCUCAGUGCUUAAAGCUCACACCUAAGACACUGGAGGGUAUUUGCCUGGACAAAGAAUCCAAAACCUUAGGAAGGACUGUUGAAAUAAAAACAGAAGAUGACACCCACAUGGAUGAAGUAGAGGACAGGGAAGCUCAGCAGGACAAAGACUCCCGAAUACUUGUGGUGAAUUCUGAGAUGACAGGCAGCGAAGCAGAAAUCUACAAAGAGGGAGCAGAGAGCAUAGAGACUCAGCAGCAGUCUGAAAACAUAGAAGUGGUUGCUGGUUGCACGGAAGUGGCUGCUGAGGAGCAGCGUGAAAAGGUUGAAGAAGUGGAGCAGGUUCCAGAUGAGAAUGGCCAUUCUGAUGAACCAGCUGACAACAUAAAAAACUGUGAAGAAGUCUUUAAACAAGCAGCUACGCUUGCAAGGAGAAACUGCUCAUUGAUCGACCUUGAUAAACCAGAGCAAGAUGCUGUUGUUCAGAAACUUGCCUUAUGUCAUUGGGUGAAGGAGGAAGGGACAUUGUUUUCAGAGGGAGAAAUGUUACAAAGUAUUGUGAAGGCUAUACGAGAAACAAUCCUCACUGAAGUUCAGGACUCUUUUUUCUUUUCCAUCAUCACUGAUAGAGCUAUUUCAGUGGGUGAUGCGAAGUUCCUGCCAGUCUUUGUUAGAUAUGUGAAUGACUGCAUUCCUAAAGUGGAGCUUAUAGGAUUUCUGCCCUUUGAUGAAAGCUCCGAUGUGGAUUUGCAAGCUAAGGCUCUUUCAGCAACACUUGAAGAUGAGUGGGGACUUCAGAUGGGCUGCUGUCGUGGCCAGUCCAUCAUGUGCUUUGGUACGGGGAGCAAAAGUCUCAGGAAGAUGGCUUUGGGUUUUUUAGAGAGCUAUCCAUUAGCUGUGAACACUCCCAGUGAAUCUUGUGGACUUGCCUAUUGGCUGGCUUUAAGCCUACAAAAUGCAUCCAUUACAAAGGUUCUAGAGACAGCUGAAGAUCUAUUACAGUUUUUUGACCAGUCACCCAAAUUAGAGAGUGAACUUGCCAAGACCAUGGAUGGGCUGCUGAAUACUCCACGGGAAGCACUUGCAGAGGUCCCAGAGACCUGCCUGUCCAGAUGGAAGAAGAGAGAAGACUUCUUUGAUAUUUUGGUGGACAUGCUGGAGGGAGUCCUGAACUGCUUAGAUUCUGUGAGCACCAACUCCAGUGGGUCAUGGAGUGAUAGCAUGUCACUGCAUUCCCAGACUCUGUCCACAGCACUUAGACAGGUUGAUUUUAUCAUCCCCCUAGUGAUCUUGAAGAAUGCCUGUGCGCCCUUAAGGAAUUGCAGCACUGUGUUUCGUUGUGGAAACCCUGCUGACAUUAUUUGCGAGCUUGAGAAGAUUAUGCCAAUAAUAGAUACUUUUAGCAAGAUGUUGGGCAAUGUGAGUGCGGUGCAUUCUGUCUGGUUUGACGAGGCAGUGGAGCUUGCAACUAAGGUCAUGGGAUUGCUGUCUUAUGCGGAAUCUGUCAGUGGCUAUGAUUCACCAGAAACAUCUUACAUGGAAGCAGUUAGCUUACCAGUUCUAAAUGGUUUGAUUGAAGAAAUGAAGUUUAACUUCUCAGAGAAUCACCUAAAAGCCCUGAAAGUUUUGUCCCUUUUGCCAACGUGCAACCCUCUGCCUAUUCUCCCAGAAUCCACAGAUAAACUGCACACUAUAUACCUGAGUGAUCUCCCUGAACCAGAAACAGCGGAAGAAGACAUUAACACCUGGGCCACGGUAUGGAGGGAGAAGUAUCAAGAUGUUUGUCCUCCCACCUCCAUCUCUGAGACAUUGCUCCAUAAUGAAGCCAAAAACCUUCCAAAUGUUGCAACCCUUCUUAAACUUGUGGCCGUGUUGCCCAGCAUUAGCAUGGAGUGCGAUCUAAUGAAGACAACACUAAACUCUUUGAGGACCUUACUCAGAGAUGGUAUCUUCAACAGGGGCAGUAAGACUGAUGCAGUGAUGCUUCUUAUGCAUCGCCAGACACUACAGAGCCUGGAAGAGGUGAUUGAGAAAUGCAUGGCGGGUGAUCCAGAAAGUAAUCAAUUUCUUGCUCAGGUAAAGUCAAGAGUUAAUCACCUGAGAAUGGAAGGUGAGGUGAUUGCCAUGGCUCCACAGGAGUUGGUUGUAGAUACAAAUGGUUCGGAUUAUCCUCAAGAGGCAAAUGUUGCUGGAAUCGAUGUCGAAACUGCUGCUCCAGAGGAAAUUCUAGUGGAAACCAAUGACUCUAGUGAAAUAGAAAGUGCUGAAGAAAAUACACCUGACCAGCCAUCAUCUUUAACAGUUAGCAGCUCAGACAAAGCCACAACUGCAGCUCAAGUCAUCCCUGCUUGUAGCUCUCUGCCAACCAGCACACCUGACCAACAAACAGAAUCUGUCCAAGAUGCUGCUAUGCAAUCUACAGCAGCAGAACAUGAUAGAAGUGAUCAACUGAUCGCACUUGUUCAAGAUCUAAAUGAUAGGUCUGAAGUACUUGAUCUGUGUGGAAUUGGUCUACCAGUAACAGGGGAUCAAAUAGUAACUAAUCAAGGUGGAACUGAGCAGUCCAAUGAAGAAGAGCCAGUUAGCACUGUUCAGUCAGUAUCAGCUAAUCAACGUGAAACUGAUCAACCUAUGGAAGUUGAUCAGUUUGUUGCCACAGAACCAGGUGAAACUGACCAGCCAGCAACAGAGGAGCAAAGUGUACCUGAUCAGUUCACGGCAGUUGCUCAAGUUGAUACUGAUUCCUCCAUAGUUGCUCAAGAUGAAGGUUGUCACACAGUAACAGGCUUAGCAGAUGGUCAGUUUGUGUCAGAGGAUCAGAGUGAAUCUGUUCAGCUCAUGUCAGUGGAUCACAGUGUAAAUGAUAAGUUCGAGUCAGUCCUUCAAAGCGAAACUGAUCAACCCAUGGAAAUUGAUGUGAGUGGAAAUGAUCCAUAUGUAGUUGAAGAUCAAGGUGGAAAUAGCCAGCCAGCAACAGGGGAACAAUGUGUAGUUGAGCAGUUGGAAGUUAGUCCAGUUGAAACUGAUCAGUCUAUUGUAAAAGUUCAGGAUGAAGCUUGUCAGUUAUUAACAGUGAUAGCAGAUGAAGGAGAAACUGGUCAAUUGGUAUCAGUGGAACAAAUUGGAUCUCAUGAUCUUGAGGCUGUUGAUAACUCUGGAAAUUAUCAUUUUGUAGCAGCAGGCCAGGACAAAACCGGUCCGUCAGUAACUGAAGAUCAGAUUAUAAAUGAUCAGUUUGUGACAGAUGGUCAAUUUGAAACUGUAAAUUUAGUAGUAAAAAGUCAAGAUUCUAUUCAGACAGAACAUGGAUUAGCAAAUGAGGGUGAGUUAAUAUCAGAGGAUCAAAGUGAAUCUCAUGAGCUCAUGGUAGUUGACUCUGGAAAAGAUCAGUCUCUAACAUCAGAUCACAGUGUAACUGGUCAGUCAGAAAUAGGAGACCCAAGUGUAACAGAAGAGUUCAUAGUAGUUGGUCAAGUUGAAAGUGAUCAUUCCGGAGAAGAGGAUCAAGAUGAGACUGGUCAGACAGAAACGGUGUUCCCAAGUGAAGGUGAAACUAGUCAGUUAGUAUCCAGAGAUCAAAAUGUAUCUGAUCACCCCAUGGUAGAUGACUCUGGAAAUGAUCAGUCUGUAACAGCAGAUCAAAGUGUAACUGGUCAGUCAGAAAUAGGAGACCCAAGUGUAACAGAAGAGUUCAUAGUAUUUGGUCAAGUUGAAAAUGAUCAUUCCGUAGUAGAAGAUCAAGAUAAAACCGGUCCGACAGAAACUGGGUUCCCAAGUGAAGGUGAAACUAGUCAGUUAGUAUUAGGAGAUCAAAAUGUAUCUGAUCAGCUCAUGGUAGAUGACGACUCUGGAAAUGAUCAGUCUGUAACAGCAGAUCAAGAUGUAACCUUUCAGUCAGUUACAGAAGAUCAAAGUGUACCUGAUCAAUUUAUAGCAGUUGUUCAAGUUGAGUCAGAUCAAUCUGUAGUUGAGGGUAAAAAUGAAAAUGCUCAGACAGAAACUAUAUUACCAAACGAAGUUGGAACUAGUCCGUUAAUAUUAGGGGAUCAAUGUGGAGCUGAUCAGCUCAUGGUAGUUGACUCUGGAAAUGAACAGUCUGUAACAGUAGAUCAUAGUGGAACUGGUCAGUCUGUCUUACCAAAUGAAGUUGGAACUAAUCAGUUAGUAUUGGGAGAUUGUGGAUCUGAUGAGCUCAUGGUUGUUGAGUCUGGAAAUGAUCAGUCUGUAACAGUAGAGCAAGGUGGAACUGAUCAGUCAUCACCAGAUCAAACUGUAACUGAUACAUUUGUGGAAGUUGCAGCUCAUCAGCCUAUAGUAGAACAUCAAAGUGGAUUUGGGUUAGAAGAUGGAAGUGGAACUUGUCAGAUAGCAUCAGGGAAUCAAAGUGGAAAUGAUCAGCUUGUGGCAGAUGAACCCUGUGGAAAUGAUCAGUCUGUAGUAGAAUCUCAAGGUGAAACUAUUCUUGCAGUUGCAUUGAAUCAAAGUGUACCUGAUCAGUCUGUGGCACUCAGUCAAGGUGGAACUGAUCAGAUAGUACCAGGGAAUCAAAGUGAAACUGAUCAGACCAUCAUAGAUCAGGUUGGCCUUGAGCAGCCCAAAGUAGCUGCAGAUUGUGGCACAGAUCAGUUCAGUUCAGUGACUCCAGAUUGCUCAGACCAAGAAACUGCAGCAGUACACAUUUGCCUUGAUCAGUCCUCUGCAAUAACUCCAAGUGUUACUGACCAUUGCACACCUGCUUCAUCUGAGGAUAUUACGGAUCACCCCAUGGCAGCAGAAUCUGAAUGCACAGUCCAGUCUGGAGUAAAGGCUCAGGAUAGUGCAAACAAAGUAACUACCCAGGAUGACACUGGACUACAAAAAAUAGUUUUUACCCCCUACGAUGCUGUUGCUCGAGAGGAAUUACUCAAGGAACUGUGCAACAUAAAGUUCUUUUCCAUAGUCACUGAGGAAGAGUUUGCAAUCGAUGGCCAACCAUACAUCUCUGUAGGAAUACACUACCUUAACAAACAAGACAUCAUGUGUGAAAAUAUGUUGGCCUUUAUCCCGCUUUCCACAAACAUUACUUCAUUCGUUGAUACGCUCACCAUCGCUCUUUCUGAGAAGUGGGGUUUGAACUUGGCACUCUGUAGAAGUCAAAACUUGGCAAGACCAGGUGCCACAGUCUCUCAGAUGACACAGGCUUCAGCUUUGCUUUCGCAGAGACUCCCUCAUGCUUUCAGUUUCCCGAACCUUGUAACUCCUAAAUCUUUGCUAGACAGUUUGUCCUCCCUGAGAGAGAUAACUCACUGUUUUGAGUGCUUGGAGCAGCUCUUCAUGUGGUUCUCUGAGGAUAUUCAACGACGUGUAAGACUAGAGGAUGCUGUUGUACAUAUGUUCCAGGAGGACGAAAGGAAGGCCAGUGAGCUGAAAGCCAAGAUCAGCAGCAAUCAAUUGGCAAUGAGCCAUGAAGUUCUGGAACUCACUACAGACAUUCUAGAGGCCAUCGUCUUUUGCUUGAAUGAGAUGAAAGGGAACCAAGAUAAUGAGGCAAACACAGCACAGGCUCAGAGCUUCCUUUCUGAUAUCCAAAACUUUGAUUUCAUAUUGACAGUUGUGAUUAUGAAAAACAUCUUGAGCCUCACCAAAAGCAUAAGCCUGAGUCUUCAGGGAAAUUCCUAUGAUGUGUAUCAAGCUGUAAACCGCGUGUCUGAUCUGAUGCCCUCUCUCAGUGAAAUGAAGAACAGUAUUGACUCACAUCAUCAAACCUGGUUUCAAGAGGCUGUUGCUUUGGCUUCUAAGCAGGUACCCUCACUACAACCACCCUUAAAUGUGCACUACAGAGAGGACAUCAGUAAAGGGGCCAUUGAGCACUGUAUUGCUGAGAUGGAAGGACUCUCCCAGGAUGUUCUGUCAGCUGUUCGCUGCUUGCAGGUUGUGCCUUAUGUCAUGUCCAAAGUGGAGGGAUGCUGCAACGACACGGAGUUUGUCAAGGUGUUCCAAGAUGUCUUACCUGACCCAAACUCCUUCCAGGAUGAGCUGCAGAGGUGGAGGGACAGGUGGCAAGACUGUAUUGCUAGUCAUCAGCACCUACCCGACACUGUUCUCGGCACUCUCAAAACUUCUGACAUUGAGACUUUUCCCAACAUUUCAACUAUCCUUAGGCUCCUGGCAGUCCUGCCCAUCUCCAGCACGCAGAGUAGCUUCACACAGGGAAAGAUGAAAUCUGAGCUGUACCCUCUGUAGUAGGCUUGGCUUAACUAGCUGCCCCCAAACAAGUUGUCUAAUAGGAUGUCAUACACUGCUGAAACUUCAGAAUGUCCUACUGUAUUCUCUAAACUGUAGAUCACAUCUGAUUGUAGGUUUCAGUAUGUUUAUUUUAUUAGUUGAAUUAGACCUGUACACUCUUAAGGAUAAUCACAUAAUGGUUUUAUUGAUGUUUUGUCUUUUUUAUUAUUUGUUUUCCUUUUACGUAAGUGGCAUGGAAAAAGAGGACUGCCAAUUGGGACCAAUGUCUUGCCAAAAAAAAAAAAAAA